CAGACACACCCUGUAGGGUGGAAUAAGCGCCGUCGGACUCCGUCCAUGUGCUCACUUGUCACUCCCACGGCGCCGGCUGAUCUCUUCUGUCCGUUCAUCUCCGCCUGCCUGAGCUGCUCGAUCGGCACUGCGGAGUCCUACCUUGUGAUAACAAGGUUUCUCAGAGCAAGAUGUCGGGAAAAUUCAGCACACAAAAGAAAUGGGCAGCUCUAAAAGACAAGCUGAGCCCUCAGGAGCCAGAAGUGCAGUCGGAUGCAAAUCUGGAAAAUGCCGACCCGGAGCUGUGCAUUCGGCUACUGCAGGUGCCCACUGUGGUCAACUACUCGGGACUGAAGCGGCGUUUGGAGGGCAGCGAUGACUCUUGGAUGGUGCAGUUCCUGGAGCUCAGCGGUCUGGACCUGCUUCUCGAGGCUCUGGAUCGCUUGUCUGGGAGGGGAUGUGCCCGAAUUGCUGACGCCUUGCUGCAGCUAACCUGUGUCAGUUGCGUGCGGGCUGUCAUGAACUCCCCUCGGGGUAUUGAAUUCAUUGUGGAAAAUGAAGGUUACAUCCGUAAACUCUCUCAAGCUUUGGACACAGCAAAUCUAAUGGUGAAGAAGCAGGUGUUUGAACUGCUGGCCGCUCUCUGUAUGUAUUCUCCAGAGGGACACAACUUGGCCUUGGACUCCUUGGAGCAUUACAAGAUUGUGAAGAACCAACUUUAUCGCUUUAGCGUGGUCAUGAAUGAGCUACAGGCAACAGACAAUGUACCUUACAAGGUCAUUCUGAUGAGUGUGAUCAACGCACUCAUCUUGGGAGUAGAGGACCUGCGAGCUCGAGACAAGUUGAGAAAAGAAUUCAUAGGAUUACAGCUCCUGGAUUUCUUACCAAAACUAAGGGAAGAAGAUGAUAAUGAUUUACUAAUUCAGUGCGACACAUUCGAGGAAACCAUGAACGAAGAUGAAGAGGAACUGAUGAAAAUCUACGGUGGCAUUGACAUGAGCAACCACCAGGAAGUGUUCACUGCAUUAUUUAACAAAGUCAGCAGUUACCCUUCCUCCCUGCACUUUCUCUCAAUACUUCAGGACCUAUUGCAUCUGGGACCAACAAACUUCAACAUAUGGCAGGCUUUAGAAAUCCUUGUAAAUCGAGCCAUGCUGCUAGCUGAAGAUGAGAGCGUAGAGUCUGUUGAAAAUAUUCUGGAAAGAAUGAUGGGCUAUAAGCGGAAACUGAGUCAUCCUAAUGCCACAGAUGACAUACCACCAAAGUGUUUUGCUUCUGAAGGGAAAAGAAAGUUGCAAAGGAAUGGCUCAUCCAAAGACAGUGGCUUCACCUUGCUUGCUGCAUCUCCCCUGGACCAAUCACUACAGGCUCCUUGCCUGGCGACUGAAGGACACCCCUCUUGUGUGUCAUCAGAUUCUCAGAAGGAAGUUAUUGUCAAAUCUGUGUCCUCUAACCUGGAUGACAGUGCACCUUCCAUUCCAGACACAGCAAUUCCACUACCUCCUGCUCCUCCUCCAUUAAUGGGCAUGGUGGUACCACCUGUUCCACCUGGAUCUUCCUUCCCAUGUGCUAUGAUUCCACCACCUCCUCCCCUACCAAUGAUGGUCCCUCCUCCACCUCCAUUGCCAGGUACCAUGGUGCCUCUACCUCCAUCUCCUCCCUUCCCUGGUGCUGUAAUACUCCCACCUCCGCCUCCCCCUUCUCCUUUUCCAGGAGCUAUGAUGCCCCCACCUCCUCCACCACCACCUCCACCUCCUUUGCCAGGCGGCAUGAUGCCCCCUCCACCACCUCCUUUGCCAGGCGGCAUGAUGCCCCCUCCACCACCUCCUUUGCCAGGCGGCAUGAUGCCCCCUCCACCACCUCCUUUGCCAGGCGGCAUGAUGCCCCCUCCACCACCUCCAUUUGGUGGAGGAGAUGUGAUUGUUGCUCACACUAGUUACAGUCUUGGAUGUUUUCAGCCAACAGCUUACAAACCCAGCCAGUGCCCAAGUUUAAGAAUGAAGAAGCUGAACUGGCAGAAACUGCCUUCCAGUGUCACCACAGAUGGCCAUUCUAUGUGGGCUUCCAUUCAGAAGUGUGACAGCCCACUUGAGCCAGACUACUCGUGCAUUGAGCAGCUGUUUUGUCUGCCUGAGGUGAAACCCAAAGAGAAAGAAGCAACGCCAGUUGUCAAAAAGGAGCUGAAAGAGAUUUCCUUUCUUGAUUCGAAGAAAAACCUGAAUUUGAAUAUUUUUUUGAAGCAGUUUAAAUGCUCUAAUGAAGAAGUAAUCAAUCGCAUAAGGUCAGGUGAUAGAUCCUUGUUUGAUGCUGAAGUCCUGAAGCAACUUUUAAAACUUCUUCCUGAGAAGCAUGAAAUUGAAAAUUUGAAGUCUUUCCAAGGAGAGCAAGAUAAACUUGCAAAUGCAGACAGGUUUUACCAUCAGCUCUUAGCCGUGUCAUGCUAUCAGCUAAGGAUUGAGUGCAUGCUACUCUGUGAAGAUACAGCGUCAUUGUUGGAAACGCUGAAGCCAAAGGCAGCACGAGUUGACACCGCCUGCAACAGUCUGUUGGAGAGCACCAGGCUGCCAAGCUUCUGCAAGUUGAUUCUUACAGUUGGAAACUUCCUUAACUAUGGCAGUCACACUGGCAAUGCUGAAGGCUUUAAAAUAAGUACGCUGCUCAAGCUGACAGAGACCAAGGCAAACAAGUCUCGCAUCACUCUGCUUAACCACAUAUUGGAGGAAGCUGAAAAAAAAUACCCUGACUUAAUGAAUCUGCCCGAGGACCUGGCCUGCUGUGCUAGUGCUGCCGGAAUCAGCAUUGAAUCAAUCCAGAGUGAAGUGAGCUCCCUCAAUACCCGACUCAGAGAUGCUGCAAAAAAAGUAGUGUCAUCAGUGGAGGACAUCCAGAUGCAGUAUGAAAAAGUCAUAGAGGAAAACCUUCAAAACGCCAAGCAGCUUGAAGACCAGUUAAGUAGUAUUGACGAAAAGAAAAAAGUCUUGGCCAACUACUUCUGUGAAGACCAAAGCCGCCUCUCACUUGAGGAACUUUUUAGCACCAUUAAGACUUUCCGGGAGCUCUUCAUUAAAGCAGCCAAGGAUAAUCAGACCUGGAAGGAGCAGGCAAUAAAAGCAGAGAAGAGAAAGAAGAUGCUUGAGGAGGAGGAAGCAAAAUGCCAGAAAGGAGAAGGCAGUAAAAUAGUUCGGAAAGCAUCCCCAAAGCAAGAAGAAGGCUGCAUCAUUGACUCACUGUUAGCAGACAUUCGGAAAGGCUUCAAACUGAGGAAGACCACCAGAUCCAGAUGCGGGUCAGAUUUGUCUGCUUAUGCAGAAUCCAGAAAAGGAAAAUCUACAAGUUCUUUGGCAAAAGAGACUUCUGCCUUGGAUGCCGAAGCAAAGCAAGGCACUGAAAUGAAUGGAUCUGGAGUGAAAACGGAGAGUGCUGUUGAAACUUCAGAGAAUGGGACCACCAACUCACUGAAGUCCGCGCCUGAGAUUACUGUGCAAGUUGCUAAUGACAAACCAAUCGAACCUGAUCUUUGUUCUGACGUGACGGUGCCUACUAUAAGAAUGGAACAAAACAAUAACAUCGAAUCGACACUAAAUCUGGAAGGGGGUGGCAUGAAGCAACUGGAGGCCGACGGAAACCUGAACGGUCAUCAGAACGCCGACAUCACACCUAACACCGAUACAGUAUCUACACCAAUAGAACACAGUGAUAUUGUUGAAACAAAAAGUGACGAGAUUUCACCGGCUGAAGCUGGUGUGAAUAAUGAAGGUGACAAUGUUGAUGAAGAGGACACGGCGCGCAUGGGUUGUGAUGACACUGAAGCCCUGCAGAAUGUUGGCCAGGAGCCAGAAACAGUGGAGACAGAUGCCUGUGACAGCCUGCAACCUGUUGACACAUCUCUAGAAGUGACAGCUGUCGACGAUUUAGGGGGCAAUACUAACCAUGUGCCAGUACCCAUGGGUCUGACAUUGUCACCUCAUCGCCAUUCAAGGAACAAAAAGAAAAACAGUGCAGUUACUUGUAAAGAACACGGACACAACAUGUCAAAAAAGGGUUGUGUGUUACAGUAAGGGAGUCCAAGAAAGAAAGGUAAAGGACAUGAAAAAACGAAACGGAUAUGUUAGAGCAGAGUGGAUGGACGAACAGCUGCUUUGAUGUUCUGCAAGUGGACAACAGUGUUCAAUAUUAUCGUCUCUGCUUCAAAUCUCUGCAAAAAUAAAAGCAUCAAUGUCUACAAAUCCACUAAAAGAAAUGUGAGGAUGAGUGACGUGAAGGACCCGUCCAAGUAACACGCAGGCAAGGAAGCUUUCGCUCACCCGGGAGCAGCAGAGGCGUCUUGUUGCUUUCCAGCAGCAGAACCAAGGAAAUGUAUAAACUGCCAAUGUUCGUGAUUUUAGCACUUUAGCUUUUACUGACCAAACAUGCAUGCUGCCCAUGGUUUCUUUCACAGUUGAGAGGCUUCUAAAGUUGGAGCGCUAGAAACUGAAAGCUUGGGCAGAAUUACGUGGGUUCUGCUUAGGUUUUUCGGUUCUCCUGUGCCAUCCGAAAUGGGUAGGUCAAAAGUCGUGGAGCCUUCUAAAAGUUUCACUGGAUUUGCGCUUUUUUUUUUUUCCUCCCUCAUUUCCACGUAAUCUGAAAUGUAAUUUUCUUACCAUGCUUUAAGGACAUGUACUGUGGUUAUUUUGUUAAACUGAUGUGUUCAAAGUGUGUUCAGAAUCUCUUAUGUUAUGAUAUCUUGCUAGGGUAACUUUCGCAAGUUCAGUGUGAAAAAAAUGUACAUGUCCAAUUCUUGUAAAAAAUGUGUAAAUGUAAAAUAUAUGUAUGUGCUGUAUGUGUA